AUGACGACGAGCAGCGCGAAAUCUAUUUUGAGACGAAGAAGAAGAAAUUAUGCACCACCAAACGUCGCCGUCUCAUCAUCAUCGUCCCGAAGUAAUAAUAUCGAUUGGGAGAACGACAUCGUCUCGAGACACGACGUGACCGAACUCAUCGUUUUUAAUCGCAUGAAAAUGAACAUUUCGUGGGCCGAAUUAGCUUUGAAGGUGAAUAAAUCGAAAGAAUGGACGACGAGCGCGUUGCUUGGACAACAUCAGAUGAGCAAAGAGGAAGCUGAAAAAGUGGGCACAGUAUUAGCUCUCCCCUCGGUCGCAGUCAAGCUGUUACAAACGGUUCCGUAUAAAGGGAGUUUACCAACCUCUGUGCCGACAGAUCCUUUGAUUUAUAGGUUUUACGAGUUAGUGAACGUGUACGGGACGACGUUCAAGGAGCUCAUUCACGAGGAGUUUGGAGACGGCAUCAUGUCCGCGAUAGAUUUUAACAUGAACUUAUCCAAGAAGAAAGGGGAUUUGGGGGAAGAUAGAGUUUCCAUCACCAUGAGCGGGAAGUAUUUACCGUACAAGAAGUAUUAA